GUUGACAAUUUUAUAGAUCAUUCAUCUAUAAAGUAGUUAUAUAUAAAGAAUUACUUUCAUGUUGAUGUAUCAACAUGUGUGGAAUAUUCUGUAGCAUUUCACAAAACCAUAAAAAAGAUAGUAUACAAAUUUCACGCGAGUGGGAAGCCUGCAAAAAUUUAGUAAUUGCUCGUGGUCCUGACAGAGUGAUUGAAAAAUUUGAAAAUUUAACUCCAAUCUGGUUUGGACACUUUGUUGCUGCUGUAUUAUGGAUGCAAGGUUUAGAUUUAUGUGAACAACCUGCCAUAGAUUCUGCUGGUAAUAUUCUUCUUUGGAAUGGUGAUAUAUUUUCUGGAAAUUUGGCUCAAGACAAUGCUUGUGAUACCAAUGUGCUAUCAUCUGCUCUACAAUCAUCUUUAAAUGUAUUGUCAGUGUUUCAAGAAAUUCAAGGCCCUUAUAGUUUUAUAUAUUUUCAAAAAUCUACCAAUCUUCUGUAUUUUGGCAGAGAUAUUGUUGGCAGACACAGUUUACUUUUAAAAGUAAACACCGAUGAAAAUACUUUAACGUUAACGUCCGUUGCCAGUAAAGAAGUAAAUAAAAUCAUAGAAAUUCCUGCAAUUGGAAUUUUUGUUACGAAUUUAGAUAAUUCAAGAGUGAAUCUUGCGUGUUAUCCAUGGAAGGAGCCAGAUUUGCAUUUCACUGAUAUCAUCGAAUCAUUAGAAACACAUUUGGGUGUGGAUAUUGAUAUUAAAAAAACCAUAUUAAAAUCAGACGCAUCAACAAGUUUACAUUUACAUCCUAAUAUCAAGGACUUGGAUUAUAUGGAAAAUAGCCCUUACUUGGAAAAUUCUUAUAAAACGUUAGGAUAUUUGUUAGAAGAUACAGAUAUCCUUGAAAGAGUGGAUCAUUUAUUGCAACUUCUUUACAAAGCUGUAGAAGUUAGAAUAAAGAAACAGCCUAGAUUUUGUAAAACAUGCAUCAAAUUAGUUCUAAGUAAGAAAGAUGUCGCAUGUGAUCAUUCAAAAAUAGGUAUAUUAUUUUCUGGCGGCUUAGAUUCUGCUAUUUUAACCCUAAUUGCCGAUAAAUACGUAUCGCAAUAUGAACCUAUCGACUUGAUAAAUGUAGCGUUUGAAAAAUCAGUUAAUGCAUGUAGUAAAUCCAACAAAUCCAACGAAAAUAAUGAAAAAGAAAGUACAGACGACCAAUAUGACGUUCCUGAUAGAAAAACUGGGAAGCAAACGUUUCUAGAACUCUCAAAGAUUUGCCCGAAACGGAAAUGGAAUUUUGUAGAAGUAAAUAUCAGUCAAGCAGAAUUACAAAAAUAUCGUUCAUCACGAAUUUGUAAUUUAUUACAUCCGCUAUGCACUAUAUUAGAUGAAAGCUUAGGUUGUGCUGUGUGGUUUGCAAGUCGAGCAAAAGGCACAAUUCAUUCAAGCGCGAAUAUCUACGAAUCCCCGUGUAGAUUACUUCUCUUAGGCAUGGGUGCAGAUGAAUUAUUCGGUGGAUACAUGAGACACAGAACGAUAUUAAGACACAAAGGUUGGGAUGCUUUAACGCAGGAAUUGAACUUUGAAAUAGCUAGAAUUUCUGAAAGAAAUUUAGGCCGUGACGAUCGUAUUGUGUCGGAUCAUGGAAGACAAUCUAGACUGCCAUACUUGGAUGAAAACGUAAUAGAAUAUGUUCAAAGAUUAAAACCUUGGGAAAGAUGUUGUCCAACAGAUAAAAUGCCAUCAGGCUUAGGAGACAAGUUACUUUUGCGUUUAGUGGCAUAUAAACUUGGCUUCCGAAAUACUGCUAAUUUUCCUAAGAGAGCUUUUCAAUUUGGAUCCCGAAUUGCUAAUGGCAAAGAAAACGCUAGAGAUAUAUCGGGUCGCUUGUAAAUUUAUUAUUAAUAUUGUUCAACAUAGAAGGGAGAAAACGUUAAUACACGUCUACCCACCUACCUACCUACCUACCUACCUACCUACCUACAUGCAUACAUUACAUAUACUCCAAAAAUCAUUAAAAUAAUGAUACUUGUGUAUAAUUAACUUUAAUGAAUUGUACACUACAAGACUGAUGUAAUGAGCAUCAAUAGAUUCAUAAUAUGUAUAAUGCAAAUGUAAUGUUUGAAAUGGACAGAUCGUUUAAAAAAAAUUUGUUGACUUUUUCCUCUAUACGUAGACAAUAAUUUAGCAAAUUUCUUAAAACGAUUUGAAUGUUUGGCAGUAAAUCAGCCAAUAACAAUUUUUUUGAAUUUAUUAGACUCCAUUUUAAAAUUAUGGAUUAGUUUUUGACAAAACUAUGUUGUAUUUAUUUUAUAUUUUUCAUGUUUCAAUGCAGCAUGCAUAUGUGACUAAGCAAUUGAUGACAUAGCGUAAACCAUGUGUAUAAACAAUUGGUAUGUUCAACAAAGAUUGUAAAAUUACAUGUACGAAUUUUAUUUUACGAAAUGUGAAAAUAAAAUAUUUCAAUAACA